GUGAGGCCAUGAGAGAAGACUUUGAGAUUUUGAUUUUAUGCUGAAGUUUAGCUAGCAAUAUACAAAUGGACAGCAUUCCACAAACUCCUAAAACAAACGAAUGAAACGCACUGCAUAAUUUGCUCAAAAGUUUUUACAAGAAUGGAUAUUAAGUGAGUGUCAACUGAAGCACCUGUAUAAGAUGCCUGACUUUUCACUGCGGAUCAGUGUUAGAUUUUCAACAAACUCGGAGUGUUUUGAAGCUAUUCAUCAUUGACUCUGUGAACUUAAGGUAGGCUAAUUCAGUUGGGGAAAUGCCUCGUCCUGGAAGAAACACGUACAGCGACCAGAAGCCGCCGUAUUCGUAUAUUUCGCUAACCGCUAUGGCCAUUCAGAGUUGCCCAGAGAAGAUGCUCCCGCUCAGCGAAAUCUACAAGUUCAUCAUGGACAGGUUUCCUUAUUAUCGGGAAAACACGCAGCGCUGGCAGAACUCCCUUCGCCACAACCUUUCCUUCAACGACUGCUUCAUUAAGAUCCCGCGGAGACCGGACCAGCCGGGGAAAGGCAGCUUCUGGGCUCUCCAUCCCAACUGCGGUGACAUGUUUGAAAACGGGAGCUUCUUGAGGCGCCGCAAGAGAUUCAAAGUGAUGAUCACCUCCGAGCACCUGCAAAAACCCUCAGACGCGGCGCAUUACCUCCAGCAACAAGCAAAACUCAGAAUGACCGCUUUAGGGACACAUCUACCUCAGAUGACCAGCUACAACUUAAGUGUGUCACAACCCUCUACUUUCAAACAUCCUUUUGCCAUUGAAAAUAUAAUUGCCAGAGAUUACAAAAUGCCAGGAAGUCUUGCUUUCUCUACCAUGCAGUCCAUGUCUACGGGUUAUCAAAUACACAAUCAGUUGACCACAGCUUGGCCCCACAUGUAUAGCAGUAAUGUGAUAGACGCUGAGUAUACUGCCUAUGGAGUACCACUCAAAUCCCUGAGUCAUGGCGCGCAAAGUUUACCGGCGAUCCCUGUGCCAAUCAAACCCGCCCCAGCUCCGGUUCCGUCCAUCUCGACGCUGCAGGCGCGCCUUCCAGCGUUCCUCUCCGGCUCUCCACAGUCCCUGAGCCCGACAUCUCCCAGCCAGAGCAGCCCUGCCACACCGAGCCCGACCUCACUGCUCCAUUCGGUCGCCGUGCACUGUCAAGAGGUCACUUAAAACUUUAAGUGGAACUUGAAACUUUUCUUACACAUCCACCCGACAAAAAGGCAAGACAAGAAAACACACAAAACAUAUAUCUCUGAAAUUAUAGAAGUUGACUUGUUUAAAUUUUCUCGAAAAACAGGAAUUAAAUAUUAAGUUUGAUUAUAGCUCAAUUUUCCUAUGUCAUUAGGCUACCUCAUAUUAUUAAAGUUCAAGAAUCUUAUUGAAAAAUGCACAAUGGACUAUGAAAAUGUUAGAAGAAAGCGUAAAGAGUUUAGGACAUAUGAUUAAAGUUUAUGAAUUACAAUAUACGACCAUUCUCUAUGUAGAUAAUUUUACUUGUAACUUAAUUUUGGGCUGUUUACCCAUUAGGACUCAUCGACAUCAAGUAAAGGAACUGAAAAGGGAUUGAGGAUUGCAUGUAUAAGCACAGAUGCUGCAGCUUUUUCGUGUGGCAGUGUAGAAAAAAAAAGGGAAAUACUCCUACAAUGCACUUUUGGUGUGACGUUACAAAUAUCGCAAGAGAUAUUGUUCCGUGAACAAUGCUCAGUCUAAUUUAUCAGCUUCGUUGAAAAUAUAGUGAAAGCUGUUGUAUAUAAGUUUUCUGUAUAAUGUUGACAUGCUCUCAUGUACUAGCAUGCUGCUUUUCACGUAUUUACCUGAAAUAAAUUAUAAACUUUGUCAUCAAACCUCAUUAAAAUA